GGGAGGCUCGCGGUGGAAGGGCGUGGCGUGCAAGGGCGGGGCUCCUCCCGGCGCGAGAACGGGAGACAACGGGACAGAAACGGGCAUCAAUAGAACCGACGGUCGGUUCAUUUAUCUCAUUGAAUCUCCGGGUUUUUAACCAGCGAUCUCAGGAGCAACCAUGCCAGGGAAACUCAACGCAGACGAGAUGGAGGAGCUCAGAGAGGCCUUCAAGAAAGUCGAUGUGAAUGAAAAUGGGUUUAUCUGUGACAGAGAGCUCACGGCGCUCUUCAAAGAGGCCAACUUGGCCCUCCCUGGAUUCAGGAUCAGGGAGAUCGUCCAGGAGAUGGACAGGGACAAAGACAACCAACUGAACUUUGAAGAAUUCAUAGCUAUCUUUACCGAGCUGAAGGACGACCAGGUAGCCAAGUCCUUUAGGAAGGCCAUCAACAAGAAGGAGGGCAUCCUGGCCAUCGGGGGCACCAGCGAGCAGUCCAGCACGGGAACGCAGCAUUCGUACUCUCAUGAAGAGUGCUUUGCCUUCACCAACUGGAUCAACUCGGCGCUGGAAGACGACCCCGACUGUGCCCACAUCAUCCCCAUCAACCCCAACACCAACGCCCUGUUCCAAGCAGUGGGCGACGGCAUAGUGCUGUGUAAAAUGAUCAACCUUUCAGUUCCCGACACCAUUGAUGAGAGAACCAUCAACAAAAAGAAGCUCACUGCAUUCACCACACAGGAGAACCUGAACCUGGCUCUGAACUCGGCCUCGGCUAUCGGCUGCCACGUGGUGAACAUCGGAGCCCAGGACCUGAGGGAGGGCAAGCCUCACCUGGUGCUGGGUCUGCUCUGGCAGAUCAUCAAGAUCGGGCUGUUCCUGGACAUAGAGCUGAGUCGCAACGAAGCGCUGGCCGCGCUGCUCCGGGACGGCGAGAGCCUGGAGGACCUGAUGAAGCUCAGCCCGGAGGAGCUGCUCCUCCGCUGGGCCAACUUCCACCUGAACAACGCCGGGAUCGAGCCCAUCAGCAACCUGCAGUCAGACAUCAAGGACUCCAGGGCAUACUUCCACCUCUUGCAGCAGAUCGCUCCAAACGGCAGCAAAGAGGACGUGCCGCAGAUCAGCAUCGACAUGAGCGGUCUGAGCGACAUGGACCACAUGCGGAGGGCGGAGGCCAUGCUGCAGCAGGCUGACCGUCUGGGCUGCCGGCAGUUCGUGACCCCCAGUGACGUCGUCAACGGCAACAGCAAGCUCAACCUCGCCUUCGUAGCCAACCUGUUCAACAAGCACCCGUCACUCACCAGGCCAGCCAACCAGGAGUGGACCCUGGAGUGUGAGACACGAGAGGAGAGGACAUUCUGCAACUGGAUGAAUUCUCUGGGAGUCACACCUCACGUCCACCAUAUCUACGGUGACCUGAUGGACGCCCUGGUCAUCCUCCAGCUGUAUGAGAAGAUCAAGGUGGAGGUGGACUGGGACCACAGAGUCAAUAGGCCCCCGUACCCCAAGAUAGGAGCCAUCAUGAAGAAGCUGGAGAAUUGUAAUUACGCAGUGGAGUUGGGAAAGUCCUCGGCUGGCUUCUCCCUGGUCGGUAUCGGAGGUCAGGACCUCAAUGAAGGAAACCCAACCCUCACCCUGGCCCUGGUCUGGCAGUUAAUGAGGAGGUACACUCUGAACGUGCUGGAGGACCUCGGAGAUGGAGAAGCGGCCGGAGAUGAACUGAUCGUCAAUUGGGUGAACAAGACGCUGAAGAACGCCGGGAAGACCACGUCCCUGCGCAGCUUCAAGGACAAGAGCAUCAGCGACAGCAGUCCAGUUCUGGAUCUGAUCGACUCCAUUCAGCCCAACAGUGUGAAAUUUGACCUGGUUAAAACGGGCAGCCUCACAGACGAGGACAAGCUGAGCAACGCUAAGUAUGCGGUUUCCAUGGCGAGGAAGAUUGGCGCCCGAGUGUACGCCCUCCCCGAGGACCUGGUGGAGGUGAACCCCAAGAUGGUGAUGACCAUGUUCGCCUGCCUGAUGGGGAGGGGCAUGAAGAGGGCGUAAUAGACACUCAUACACCCACACAGACACACAAAGACACACACACACACACACCUGAUUGUUUUGUCCUUGGGGGGGCUGGUUAUGCAGAGCGGGUGGGGGGGGGGGGGGGGGCUUCUCAGCGUCCACCCAGCGUUCAUAGAUCCAGCUCUCCACCGACUCCACUCCUCUCUGAUCACAUGACACAUUCCUCUUCCACUGACACAUGUCAUGUGAUCAGAGAGGACUCCACUCCUCUCUGAUCACAUGACACAUUUGAAUCAAUCCUCAGUAGACCCUUCACAGAGGCGUUGGCAUCAGACAAACCCACUAAUUAUGGGUCGGCUCCGUUUAUGCACCAAGCGCCCACGCUAGCGGAGAUAAGUCUACUACGUCACUGACUGGUCUCCAACGUUUGAUCAGGAGACGGGCCGGGCUGUCGCAGUCGUUUCUUCACGGUCUUCCUGCGUUUCAUCAUAGGUAGCACUGUGUGGUUAGCAUCGAGCGCUCGCUUCCAAUUAACAACUAACGUGUGGUUCGAUCAUACAUCUUGGGACUGUUUCAGUGUCACUCGUUGAAGAGCAACUCAUGUACUACUUCUGAUAAGAGCUGGGUCUGUAAAAGGCGGCAGCUUGGCAUGUUAUAUUUGGCGCCACACUUUAUGCUGCCUCAAGCUCAGAAAUCCAUAGCAAUAGCAUAAUCUGCGGAGGGUUAUAUCUCAGGCUGAGCAUGAUUGGGGAGAGGGAUGCGCCGACGUUUUAUCUAUGGGGAGGUCACCACCGGCUUUCACUUCUCCACGCCUCACUUCCUGAAGUCUCCACCAGCCCACAUACAGCAUGUCGGUGUUGCCUCUACGGUCCUCAUGGCCCAUGAAGACCAUGAGUCAGCCCAAUCCUACAGAAUGUAUCUCUGGGUUACAGGAGCAUUUAAUGGAGCCAAGCCAUGCAUUAACGUGGGCAUAACACCUGUGGCCUAAGCCAGUUUCCAGACUGGAGCUAUUCUGACCAAAGCUGAGAUGAUACGAUUGUACAGGUUUUUAUUUUCAACUUGACACAUUUUUCUUUUAUUUUUUUAUGUACAAACACAUUCAAUUAAUAACCUUGAAAACAACACACAAAAAAACACUGUUGCAUCUGCUUUUUAAUGAUUUCCAAAGAGCUUUUGUAUGAAUCCAGCCAGAUAAGUAGUGUUGCCUUAAACUGUGUUUAAAAUGUCAUCAUCACCAUCUUUAAUUAACCGAUCAGAAUUCUUCUGUAAUCAGGGAACAUCUUUUUUUGUUUUCAUUCAUUGCAAACUGCAAUAAUUAACAUUAGCACUUUCAUUUGCUGCCAAAACAUGUGGCCAAUCAGCAUUCUCAACUGUUCAUUAUGAUUUGACUAUUGAGUCUUAUUCUUUGUGGGUUCCAAUUACAAAAAUGGGAUUUUACUAAUACCAAGUCUAAACUUGAGUUAAUAAAUGUCUUGCAACUGGAGAUGUAUCAAUAGACAUGUUAAGAAAUAUAAUACAGAUGUAAAAACGCA